AAACAUAAAAUACUGUAAAUACAACUAAAAUCACAGUAUUUAAAUGUUUUUGAUUUCACAGUGCAAACAUAAAAUACUGUAAAUACAACUAAAAUCACAGUAUUUAAAUGUUAUUGAUUUCACAGUGCAUACAUAAAAUACUGUAAAUGGAAGUACAGUACUCCAACUGUAAAAAGUAUUCACAGUAACUUACUGGAUAAUUGUUGCCAGUAAGUUACUGUACAUUUUAUGGUAAAUUUUUUACAGUGUUGGACUACAACAAACACACGGAUUGUAGGCAACAGUUUACUUCCUGGGAUUGGUGAUGUAGACAAGAUUAUCAUAAUUCCUCCCGUUUCUGACUCUGUAAGUUAACUUCUGUCAGCAUUGCAUUGUGACCAAAUCAUUCAAACAUUUCCUGCUGAUGUCAGAGGUAUUCAGACCAAUCACAAUGUACAGAUAAGCUGGCCAAUCAGGGACAAUGGGACAAAUCAAUGAGUUUUGGUCAAAAUCUGUGCAUUUCAGGAAGAGAUUGAUAUCUAGAGCUACAAAUAUGUACGGUAUGUGGAAAAUAAUGUAUUUUAACCAUAAACGACGCAAUCACAUUGUAUUAUACCAAAUACACAAAAAUAACGUUUUUUAGCAAUGAAAUAGGUGCUCUUUAAAAAAUGUAUAAUUCAAAAACAUUAUGGUGUAAAAUUAUUAAGAAAUAUUUUAAAUUGUGGACUUCUAGGUAAUCAAUAAUGUGACAUUAAUUUUGUUAACGCCAGAUCGAGAACAUGUUGUCUUUAAAAAAGGGGAUUAAUAGCACACUACUUUUAGGCAAGAUGCUAUACUGAUAAUAUAAUGAUCUGAUUUGAAGGAGAAUACUACACUUUUCAAACUAUUAGAUUUUAUAAUUUUUUUGAAAGAUUAACUGGGGUAUAACAUUCAGGAUUUAUUGCAUUUUUAUCCUUAAAUGAAAAUGACUUUAUUGCUUAAAUAAUUUUGUUAAUAAUUUACAUAUCUGUCAAUAUAAUGUUGUAAUGUAUGAUUUGUAGCUGCAUGGAUAAAAACAUUCUGAACUCAAACAAGCAUGAGUGUGCGUCACCUAGCGGUCUUUUAGGGAACAUGCUGAAACUAGUAAGUUGUGUAAACGGUCACGUGACCGGAACAGUAUCAUUCUAGUGUCCUUCUCACAUUAGAUAUUGGUUAAAAUACUCUGUUGUUGUUAUAUUGAUCUGUUGACAAACAAUGUCCUUUUGUUCUUUUUUCGGGAAGGAAGUUUAUAAAGAUCAUUUUAAACCUGGUAAGUAAUGUAUUUUCAUUUAUUUAGCCCACUCUACACAACCAGCGGUGUACUUUUCAAGCAGGUCCAAAUAUGAACAUUCAUCCCCUUGGCCUGCUUUCACAGAGACCAUCCGAGAAGACAGUGUAACAAAAGUUAUGGAGACAUUAAGAGCAUAUAAGGUUCUGUGUGGCAAGUGUGGCAAUGGACUGGGCCAUGAGUUUCUGAAUGAUGGGCCAGAUGAGGGCUUAUCACGUUUCUGAAUAUUCAGCCACUCGCUUAAGUUUGUCCCAAAAGAUAAGGUUGAUAAACACUAAAGCGAGAUGAAGACAUGAUGAUGAUGAUGCUGUUGCACACACGCACAACAGGAUGCAGUUUAUGAAGUGGACAAGGAAAAACCCAUGACAGGGGUCCUGUACACAGAUGUAUUAUCGCCAUCCUGAAAGUCAUAGAUUAAAGAAGUUUUAUCUAUUUUUAUAUUAGCCUGCAUAAGCUCUGAUAAAAUAUGCAAGAAUGAAUGACAUUACUUCCUAAAACCCAUUUAAGAUUUUUUUAUGAUAAUUUUGAGCCUUGAUGAUAAUUUCCUGUAAUUUACAGGACUACUGUAUGUGUCAUAAUUUGGAUAAUGUUAUCGUGUUAUAUUUGAUCCAAUGUCUUUUUGCAUGCCAUUCUUUUUGGCGUAGUAAAAUGAGUUUAUCUGUGUCACACAGUUGUAUCAUAAAUGUCUCUUCAUGUUGUCAUUGAUAAAUAUUAUUAAAAGUUAAAAUAAUAUUGCUUUUUGAUUUUUGAAGGUGCAUGGUCUCCCCCCCCUAUAAAAAGCAUCACGCAGUGUUACGAGCCCGCCAAAACGACUCAGAUAGUGGUGGAAACGGUCGUUUGCAGCUCGUGACCUGUUUGGCUCGCAAAACACUGACGCGUAUUACAUUUUACUACCAUAAAAUAAACUGCUGUUUCAUUUGUUAUUUUUUAAUGAUAAUACAGCUACGGUAAAGUAAGAAAUUCUCUACGAAACGCUUUCACCUCAAAAACUCUUCAAUUGCUUACUGAAAGGAUUUCGGUUGCUACGUGUUGCCUCGG